UGCCCUAAUUAUAAUAAUGCCUCCGCCGUCACCUCGUUCCUUCACAAUUCACGCCCUGUCCCUUCUCCGCCCUCUUUCUCUGCCUCCCUGCGAUGCCGGCGAUAACCUCGACUUUGGCCGCCGCCGCCUCUCCUGGCGGAGGAUCAAUCGAAGCCGAAAACGAGCCGUUGCUGGCGGAGAAUCCCGACCGCUUCUGCAUGCUCCCCAUCACCUAUCCCUCCAUCUGGGAGUUCUACAAGAAGGCGGUGGCCUCCUUCUGGACGGCGGAGGAGGUGGACCUCUCGGCCGACCUCCCCCACUGGCAGCACCACCUCUCCGCCGACGAGCGCCAUUUCAUCUCCUACGUCCUCGCCUUCUUCGCCUCCUCCAAUGGCAUUGUCGUCGAGAACCUCGCCAGACGGUUCAUAGUCGACGUCCAGAUUGCCGAGGCCCGCGCCUUCUACGGCUUCCAGCUCGUCAUCGAAAACAUCCACUCCGAGAUGUAUGCCCUUCUCCUCGACACCUACGUCAAAGACCACGAGGAAAAGUCGCGCCUUUUCCACGCCGUCCACACCGUGCCCGCCGUCGCCCGCAAGGCGGACUGGGCCCUUCGCUGGAUCGAAUUCUCCGGCUCAUUCGCCGAGCGUCUCGUCGCCUUCGCCUCCGUCGAGGGCAUCUUUUUCUCCGGCUCCUUCUGCGCCAUCUUCUGGCUCAAGAAGCGCGGGCUCAUGCCGGGUCUCGCUUUCUCAAACGAGCUCAUCUCCCGCGACGAGGGACUCCACUGCGAUUUCGCCUGCCUCCUCUACUCCCUCCUCCGCAACAAACUCUCCGAGGACAGAGUCCGCGCCAUCAUCGCCGACGCCGUGGACAUCGAGCGUGAGUUCGUCUGCAGCGCUCUGCCUGUGGCCCUCGUCGGUAUGAACGGCGACCUCAUGAGCCAGUAUAUCGAAUUCGUAGCAGACCGCCUGUUUGUGGCGCUGGGCCACGGCAAGAUGUACGGUGCGGCCAACCCCUUCGACUGGAUGGAGCUCAUCUCGCUGCAAGGGAAGACCAAUUUCUUCGAGAAGAGGGUGAGCGAUUACCAGAAGGCUUCGGUGACGUCGAGCUUGAACGGCAAUGGAGGAGCCAACCACGAAUUCAAGCUGGACGAAGACUUCUGAAGGCUUCCAACUGCUAGUUUUGGGGAUCGCAAUGCUUUGUUUCUUCUGGAUCGUAUAGUGCUCGACGAAAUGCCUAGGUGGGCUUUCUGCUCAUCAACUUUCAAUAAGCUACAUGUUUGAAGAAAUGCUUAAGAGAUGGUUUGCUCAGUUUAUUGCCCAGAAAUGAAUGGCACAUGCUCGCCCAUUUCAAUUUA